AUGGAGAAAGUUAUUAAUCAAGUAGAUAAGAUUCUUCAUGAUGGAGCACGUAAGAAUAGUAAAGAACUAAACAAUGCACUCAUUAUGCCAUUUUCUGAUGAUUAUCCAUUUUGUACUAAUGGUGUUUAUUUCUACUGCGGUAAGAUGGGUUCAGGUAAGACAUAUGGUGUUAUUCGUCAUAUAAUGAUAACAGACCGCUUCACUAAUACUCCAUAUUAUGACUCAAUAGUUAUCUCAGCAACAUCAGGAACAAUGGAUAAAACAGCGAAGACAUUUAUGAGUCAAGUUAAAGCACCAGUACUGAAAAAGGAUGAUAAAGAACUUAUGCCUUAUUUAAUGAAGAACGUUAAGAUGAAAGCAAAGUAUUACGCUAUUGUUGAGUUCGUUCAAAGUAAGUUCGAAAAAAUUUCAGAGGAGAUGGAACACAUCUUAACAAAGCAUCAACUAAGGAAACCUGAUGGAAAGUUUGAGUAUAAGAAGAUUGCAAUAUAUGUUGUAAAGAAGUUGAACAAAUAUCCUUUCACAAAGUAUCCCAGUAAUUCUCUAUUAGUGUUAGACGAUUAUGGUGGUCAUGACUUAUUGAAUGACCCACGUUCACCAUUAGCGAACUUCAUCACUAAGGUCAGACAUUAUAACUAUACUGUUGUCAUCAUGUGUCAAACAUGGAGACAUAUAUGUUUAAACAUUAA